GAUUUCGACCUGCCAACAUAUAUAAACAUUCUUUUGUUGAUCAGCUGAUUCGUUUCUGACAGACUUCCUUUUUAACCGAUAAUCAUGAGCCACAACAAAUCAUUGGAGAAUAAUAAAAAGAUGAAAUAGAACAGGCUGUCCAGUUCCAUAUCUUCGUAAAAUUUUUAUCAGAUACUAGUACUCUAAUAUGAAUGAGGAUGUUAAGCAACCGACAACCAAUCAAUCAAAUAUAAUUGAAGAGCAAAUUAUGCCAGGAUUGAUAGGUCUGAACUUAAAUAUUAUGCAUGCCUUAGAUAUGCAUAUGAUUGAAGAUGCAAAGCAUAAUAUCUACAAAUUGCUUAAAAAAGAACAUACUGCUCUAAUCAAUGUUCACAAAAACAUGGUUGCAUUAUUCAAAAUGAAAAUACCAAGAGAAAGACGGGAGGCUAGACUUGAGUUAGAACAAAUAUUGGAAAAGUUCCCCGAUCAUCUUAAUGCUCUGGCAGAUUUAGAGCACAUCUACAGAGAAUUGCACAGAUUUACAGACGCCGAGUAUUGCCGUAAAACAAUUGAACACAAUCUAGAUGGCAAAACUCGGAAUUCUCUACAUAAUAAGAGAAUAUGUUUGCUUGAGCAAGGGUAUGCAAUUUUAAUUGAGCGAACGUUGAUAAAUGAAAGCACAGUUGAACUGAGAAUUACAGACUUGCAUAAGAUGCUGAAUACUGAAUAUGAAAGAAGCGAAGGUAACAGGAAGGAAUGUUUAGAACGCAGUCUUCAUCAUCAAAUGCAAGUUUUACGCAAUGUACAAAACGCAAAUGAAGAUGAGAAAGUAGAUGGCCAUAUACUCCGGAAGGGUUCUAGUCUUCAAAAAUUUGAAAUGGCGGAGAAAUUAUCCACCAAACCCUUACCCCACAUAGUUUGGGUUUUUUACUUUGCAAAAGCAUUAAAUCAAUAUUAUGACUCUUUAGAAAAUAUUUCUAAAUUAAAAGAUGGUAUGCAAGACGGAAUGAGAGCAGUGACAUUAAAGGCCAUUGAAAAAUUUUGGUAUAUAACUCAGGAACCUUCCAAGGAAGACAUGAAAACGUUUGUAGCAAGAUCUUAUGCAUACAUUGGACAUAUAUUGAUGAAACGAAAGAGUCUCAUUGAUUCAAAUUCAGCUGCUCCUGAAUUGCUACAAAUUCCUGAACUCACGAAGCUAUUGAAUGAUCCUCUACAAGCCUCCAAAAAAGCAUAUGAACUUAUGCCUGGUGAUGUAACCGUACUAAAUAGAUAUGGAAGGGCACUAUGGAAUUGUGUCGUCCAAACAGAGUGCCCGAAAACGAAACUUCAACAACUUUAUCAAUCUGAAAAAAUUCUUUCAGCUUCUAUCGCCAAAGAUGGACAGAGAAACUGGUUUGCAUAUUCUUCUAGGAUGGUUGUGAGAAAAGAUAUUGCUAACUUGGAAAGAAAUGGUAAAAUUGCCGAAGAAUACUUACAGAAAGCAAAAUCAGAUGGACAUACAUGCUUCAAAUCAAAAACCACAAGAAAAGAUAUGACUAUUUUGGCGGAAGUAUGUCAGAAACUAGCAAAGUUUCCUGAUAUCGGUACAAACCAAUGCGGUCCAGAAUUCGUACGCGAUGCCAACUAUUUGUACCAAGCAUUAGACUAUCUGUUUUAUUCUACAUACUUGGGAGAUCCUCCAGAAUAUCACUGGACAUUUAGAGUUGCCUCCUGUCUCUUUGAUCUUGGAGAGUAUGAGCAAGCUAUUGAAUGGCAGAGAAAAGCCUGGUUCCCCUCCAACGCAUCUUCGUCGUACGCUUUUUAUAUGUUGUGCAUCUAUAUGCUGACUAUGUUUGAGCAAAGAAAAAUGUGGGCGAAAUCUGAUAAUCCUUUCUUUAGAGAAUUUUUAUACAUUUUAAUAUACGGUAAAAACAAAUAUAAGGAUAUAAAAAGAAAUCUUAAGGGAUUGUACCAAAUUAGGCGAAAAGAAAUCCUUCGUUUUUUUAGAGAAGUUAUGCAACUAAAGCCGAUGAGGAUAGACGAGAAAAAUAUACUAGAAACAUGUUUGGAUCAUUUCAUUGCUUUUUCGGCGACUAAUAGAAAUGGUGGUCGUGAAUUUAGACAACUUAAGUAUAAGCUUCAAGAAGUUAUUCCUGAAAAAGAAGUGGAGUAUGUAUUGUCCGAAAUAUUUAAGAAUCCCUCAAUAAAGCCACUUGCGACAGGAUUGAAAGCAUUGUCAAAGUCAUUUAAAUAUGAUUUCUUUGUAUCACAUAGCCAUAUAGAUGGUAACUGGGUUGACAACAUUUUUCUUCGACAUUUGGAGAGCAAGUUUGAUGAGAGCGACGUUGCUUUUAGAGGUUGUAUUGCUGAUAGGGAUUUCACACCUGGCAUUUCUGUUUUAGACAAUAUUUUAGCGGCCAUUGGUGAAAGUAAUAAGGUAAUUCUCGUGAUAUCCGAAAGUUUUGUGUCAAGUAACUGGUGUCAGUAUGAAGCAGAUCAGGCAGUCAUUCGAUCUCUGAAUUCUAAAAACGUUAACUGUGUUAUUCCAGUUUUGUUAGAAGAUUGCGACAUCCCAGAUAAAAUUGCACAUUUAAAUUAUGUGAAUUUAUCAGAAGACACUGAUUUUAGACAAGAAUUUAGACGAUUGAAAUUAGCCCUACUACCAGACGAAAAGUAAAUUACAUUUACAUGUAAAUCAAGCAGAGUUUUAUUGUAUGAUGUAGAACUUUUGUUCCAAAAUCUUCAUUAAUUACAUUGUUCACGUUUUGGUUUUUUUUUACAAAUUCUUUUGAUUAUAAACAUUAAUAAACUAUGCCGGUGAUGAA